UGAUUUCAUCAUCUUUACCCUAAUUGGGGAGGGUAAAGCUUUCAUUUUCCAACAAAAUAAGCAAAACCCACAUGAUCUUUAUCAAGAUCUAAUCAAUUUGCUAUGUGGGUCUUGAUCUUUUUCUCAUUUCAACACAACAUGGAUAUUGAUAACAUCGAAUGUGUUUCAACCUCUGGUGGAUUGGAUGAUGAAAUCCCAUAUCACCAUCAUAAUAUUAAUCAUCACCAUCAUAAUCAUAAUCACCCAAACAUUCCCCAAAAUCCGCAUCCGAAAAGUCAUAAUGUUAAUGUUGUUCUUUCAACUAUUAAUCCCACAACCAGUGUUCAUGAGCUUCUUGAAUGCCCUGUUUGUACCAACUCAAUGUACCCUCCAAUUCAUCAGUGUCACAACGGGCACACAAUUUGUUCCACUUGUAAGACACGGGUCCACAACAGGUGCCCAACAUGCCGUCAAGAACUUGGGGACAUAAGGUGCCUUGCUUUGGAAAAAGUUGCAGAAUCACUUGAGUUUCCUUGCAAAUAUACCUCUCUCGGGUGCACUGGGAUCUUCCCGUACUAUAGCAAGCUGAAACAUGAGGCCAUCUGCAAUUUUAGGCCAUACAUUUGUCCAUAUGCUGGAUCAGAAUGGUUGAUUGAAGGGGAUGUCCCGUAUCUAGUUUCCCACUUGAGGGAUGAUCACAAAGUGGAUAUGCACUCUGGGUACACUUUCAAUCACCGUUAUGUCAAAUCCAAUCCACGCGAAGUUGAAAAUGCCACGUGGAUGCUUACGGUCUUCAACUGCUACGGGCAGUAUUUUUGUCUCCACUUCGAGGCGUUCCAGCUUAGCAUGGCUCCCGUAUACAUGGCAUUUCUCCGGUUCAUGGGUGACGAAAACGAUGCCCGUAACUACUUGCAUUACAACUAUUGA